AGCUGAGUCUCGGUUACCCAGCGGUACUUUUUAUUCCCUGUGUUUCUUUCUGUAAGUGCCUUCCUGCUUAGCCCAGAAGAGAGUGGGGCAUUCUGGGUACAGAGGUGAAAGGUUGGAGGGUGACUUGGGGAGCUGACAGCGGGCAUCUGCCUCUGGUGCUUGCCCCUGCAGGGAGUGCUCAAUGCCCCCUCCCUAUGCCACCCCCCAUGCUACCCCUGUCCCGCUGGCUGAGAUCUGUGGGGGUCUUCUUGCUGCCAGCCCCCUGCUGGGUGCCCCAGGACAGGUUGCUGGGUCCCCUGCGGCGACCCAUCCUGGGGCACAGGUGCCCAGUCCUGGGGGCCUGGCACAGUGCCCGCUGCUGGUGGCAAGCGUGGACAGAGGAGCCUCGAGCAUUUUACUCCUCCCUCAGAAUGAAUGGAGACCAGAAACUAGAUGCUUACGCCCAAGAAAGGCAGAAUUUCAUCCAGCACUUCUCCCAGAUUGUCAAGGUGCUGACUGAGGAGGACAUUGGGCACCCAGAGACAGGAGAUGCCAUUACCCGACUCAAGGAGGUCCUGGAGUACAAUGCCAUUGGAGGCAAGUACAAUCGGGGUUUGACGGUGGUGGUAACAUUCCGGGAGCUUGUGGAGCCCAGGAAACAAGAUGCUGAUAGUCUCCAGCGGGCCCUGACGGUGGGCUGGUGUGUGGAACUGCUCCAAGCCUUCUUCCUGGUGUCAGAUGACAUUAUGGACUCAUCCGUCACCCGGCGGGGGCAGACCUGCUGGUAUCAGAAGCCAGGCAUAGGUUUGGAUGCCAUCAAUGAUGCUUUCCUUCUGGAAUCAUCCAUCUACCGCCUGUUGAAGCUGUACUGUCGGGAGCAGCCCUAUUACCUGGACCUGAUCGAGCUCUUCCUGCAGAGUUCUUAUCAAACUGAGAUCGGGCAGACCUUGGACCUCAUCACAGCCCCCCAGCACAACGUGGAUCUUGGCAGAUUCACAGAAAAGAGGUAUAAGUCUAUUGUCAAGUACAAGACAGCUUUCUACUCCUUUUACCUUCCUGUAGCUGCUGCCAUGUAUAUGGCGGGCAUUAAUGGGGAGAAGGAGCAUGCCAAUGCCAAGAAGAUCCUGCUGGAGAUGGGAGAGUUCUUUCAGAUUCAGGAUGAUUACCUUGAUCUCUUUGGGGACCCCAGCGUGACGGGUAAGAUCGGCACAGACAUCCAGGACAACAAGUGCAGCUGGCUGGUGGUUCAGUGUCUGCAGCGGGCCUCUCCAGAGCAGCGCCAAAUCCUGCAGGAGAACUAUGGGCAGAAGGAGGCUGAGAAGGUGGCCCGGGUGAAGGCGCUCUACGAGGAGAUGAAUCUGUCGGCUGUGUACAUGCAAUACGAGGAAGACAGUUACAGCCACAUUAUGGGUCUCAUCGAGCAGUAUGCUGCGCCCCUGCCCCCAGCCAUUUUCCUGGGGUUAGCACAAAAGAUCUACAAGCGGAAAAAGUGACCUAAAGUCUGUGAAGGUGGGGAAGGGAGGCUUCUCAAUAAAUUAAUGUCUAACCUGUG